UUUCCGAACUAGAAUAAGCAGAAAGAACAUGAAAAUUAUUCUAGUAUUAGUCUUUAUGAUUUCUCUAGUAAUUUCAGGUAGACUAGAUGAUCACUUGGAAUCAGCAACUCCUGAGCCUAAGUCAAGAUUUGCUAUGUCUGAUGAUGUGCAUUUGCUGGCCACUGGACUACUCCAGCUUGGGCGUGGCCUUCAAGACUUUGUGAUCAAAACCAAAACCCAAAUGGAUGACAUCUUUCAAAGGCUUAACAUUUUUGACCAAUCUUUUUCUGAGAUCUUGCAACAAACCAAUGAAAUGAAAGAAGAAGAACAACAGUUAAAAAAAGCCACAACUAGAUUGCAAGCAACUGAGGAAGAGAUGAGAAAUGAAUCUUUGCAGCUUAAUUCCAAAAUAGACGUCCUUUCCAUUGAGAAGAUUCAACUGAAGAAUAAAUUAGGGAAACUUGAAGAAAAAAUAACUGAACUUGUACAGACCCAGCUUGAUAUCCAUGAGUCAAGAGAAAUUGCCUCACUUAAAAAUUUUGUUGAACAGCAAGAUGGCCACCUCAAACACCUUCUCAAAAUUGUUCAAUUACAACAUGCUCAGCUCACAAAACAGCAAGAGCAAAUACAGGACCUGGAGGAAAAGAUAAACAGCCCCAAUUUUCAAGAGGACUCACAGUUAUUUUCUGCGAAGGAAGAUGACAGACUUCCUAAAUUGAAAAAAACAGCUAAAAAUAGAAAUUCUAGAGGUAAUGCUACUGAUUGUACUUGGAUUUACAAUGCAGGGGAAAGAUCUAAUGGCAUUUAUUCUAUUAAGCCCAAUGGAUCCAAGGCAUUUAAUGUUUAUUGUGAAAUGGAAGGAGAAAACCCAUGGACAAUUAUUCAGAAGAGAUCUGAUGGAUCAGUAGAUUUCAACCAAACUUGGGAGAGCUAUAUAGAUGGGUUUGGUAAUCUUGAUGGAGAAUUUUGGUUGGGCCUUCAAAAGAUCUAUUCCAUUGUAGAUCAAGCUGACUACAUUCUGCGUAUUGAGCUUGAAGACUGGAAAGCUAACAAACGUUAUAUUGAGUAUACAUUCAAAAUGGGAGGUCCAAACAGAGAUUAUGCGCUCUUUCUCUCAAGGAUUACUGGGAAUAUUCCAAAUGCUCUACCUGAACAGAAAGAAAUUAAAUUUUCUACUAAAGAUCAUAGCAACAGCACUGAAAGAAAGCUUAACUGCACAGAAAGUGACACAGGUGGUUGGUGGUACAAUGUAUGUGAAGAAACAAACCUGAAUGGAAGAUACAUCAGGUCAAGCUCAAAAGGAAAAUUAGAGAGGAAGAAACGAGGACUGUAUUGGAAGCCUCAGAAAGGAAAACCUUAUCUUCUCAAGGCAACCAAACUGAUGAUAUAUCCUACAGAUUUUGAAACAUUUGACUGAGCAUUAUCAAAGUUUACCUAAGAAACUGCAAGU